AAUGUCACCAUGUUAUCCUCUUCCUCUGCAGGGGUGAGAUGUCCCCAUGGGAUUAGCUGCUGCUCUUUCCACUCCAGCAGCAGACUAGCAAACAAGCAGGACUUGUAUGAAGUCCUGGGCGUCUCCCGCACUGCCUCACAGAAGGAGAUCAAGAAGGCUUACUACCAGCUGGCAAAGAAGUACCACCCAGACACCAACCCAAAUGACCCAGAGGCCAAAGAGAAGUUUGCAAAGCUAGCUGAAGCAUAUGAGGUGCUGAGUGACGAGCUGAAGAGGAAGCAGUAUGACACGUACGGCGCGGCGGGCUUUGACCCGAACCGUGCCGGUGCUGGCCAGCAGCAGUACUACAGGGCUGGGGGCGCCACUAUAGAUCCCGAGGAGCUCUUCAGGAAGAUCUUUGGAGAGUUUACGGGAGGCAUGGGCUUCGGAAACAUCAACAGCAUGUUUGAAGAAAGGCCAGAAUUUGUGAUGGAGCUUACGUUUUCGGAGGCGGCAAAGGGCGUGAAUAAGGAGCUGAGUGUGAACAUUGACGACACGUGCCAGAGGUGUGACGGGAGGGGCAACGAGCCGGGGACUAAGGUGUCUCACUGUCACUACUGCAAUGGCACAGGGAUGGAGUCGAUCAGCACAGGACCCUUCAUGAUGCGCUCAACGUGCCGGCGCUGUGGUGGG